UCUUUCAGUAUUGAAACGACAUUAACGAAGAGAACUUCGUUUGUCAUCGCAUAUUGGGACGAAAUAAACAGAAUGUUGUCUUAAAACAUUUUCUUAAUUGAUUUUUAAGUGGAUCAUGAUUUUUUAACAUUAAAAAAAAAUAGUCAAUAGUUUACUGUGAAAAUUUUAGUUUUUUUUUAAAAAAUAGUGUGUGAAAAAUGAAUUCUAAUAUACCAGAUGAAAAUUCGAUUCCAAAUGAUGACACUUCACAAGAAAGUAAUAUUUCUUCAAAUAAUUUUUCAUCAACGAAAAAGUAUGAAAAUUCUAAGUCAGAAACUCAUCAGAAUGAAUCAUUUCCAUCUCAUGCUCAAGUAGCUAACAAUCCGGAUCAUUGUUUAGUGCCACACAAUAUAAACAAUAAUCAAUCUAAUACUCAAGAAUUCGGUGCUAGUAGAAGGAACCAAAGAUUAUCUUCAUCAAACAAUCAUCGAUGUAAUUUAGAUCACGAGAAUUCUGCUGCUUUGAAUCCAUGGACAAAUAUCGCUCACUUUCACAUUAAUGCCUCGAAAUUUCUUUGCGGUGGUUACUGCACAUUGAGACAAUUAAAUCCUAAUUUGGGAGUUUUUUUUGUACAGGAUGCCAGCUCAUCACAACCAUUAUAUUCACUUUUAACAGCAAGCAGAGAACAAUCAGGACUGCACUCUCCAUUAACAGCAGGAAUUCAAGUGACAAACGAUCAAAAUGAACUGAGUACAUCGAGAAAAAAAAUGAAAUACAGUCAUGAAGAGAGAAUGGAAAUGGAAAAUAGUUCAAAUUCUCGUAAUGCAGAAUCAUCAAAUGUGGUGCGUGGAGUUUCAGUUCAGGAUGAAAGUGAAACUAUCAGAAAUGUUUUGCCUGAAAGAAGAGUUUGUAGUAAGAGACAUAAUCCGGGUUGUAGAAAAUUGCGGUCCUCUUCAUUGAAUUCAACAAGUGCACGAGAACAAUCAGGAGAGCAUAAGACGAAAUGUAGAUCAAGUUCAGGAAUUUCUGAAAAUUCAAGAAGAGCUUCACAACAAGGAAAUGAAAUUGGUACCACAGACUCAAACGAAGACGGCAAUGAAGGAUUUUAUUGUAAAAAAUCGAAAAGAAGAAGAAGAGCUGCAAGGCAAGAAUUUAAUCAAAACGAAAGUCCAGUGAAUGUUUCUGAUUUGAAUCCUUCCAUCAGUUAUCAGGAAACAUUAAAAAUUUUACGCUUCAUGUUGUCCGGAAGAACGUCAAAUAAUCAAUUAAAAGCCAUUGCGACAAACCAAAAUAAUUAUCUGAUGUUAAUUGAAUAUCAUUUCUUUUUGCAUCCGUACAAUAAUCCAGAACAGUUGAUGAGCCAUAGAGAAAGAUCUCAGGCACGACAGAGAACACGACGACCACGGAUCUUAAACGAAGAAUCACACACUGAAUCUAGACGCAAUAGUUAUGACGGAAAAUUAAAAAUCUUUAGAUCGCAAGUAAAACCAUUGGGUGAAGCUCCAAAAAAUGUUGAAUUUCAUAUCAGGCGGAAUUAUAUUUUCAAAGAUUCAUUUUGUUAUGUUAGUACAAUUGAUGAGGUGGAAAAAUUAAAGGCAAAAUUAUGGAUUUCUUUUGAAGAGGAACCUGGAUUAGAUUAUGGUGGAGUUAAACGUGAAUGGUUUUGUCUUUUAUCACGAGAAAUCUUUAAUCCUGAUUAUGGAUUUUUCAAGUGUAGUUCAACGCAAAAUAACUAUUUGGAGAUAAAUCCUGAUUCUGAAUCAUUUCAUCAUAAUCAUUUGGAAUAUUUUCGAUUUAUUGGACGAAUAGUUGGAAUGUCACUCUAUCAUGGCAGUCUUAUUGACGCCUCGUUUUCGCCAAUAUUUUACUCAACACUUUUAAAUAAGAAAAUAUCAUUAGAGGACAUUGAAAAAGUAGAUCCAGAAUAUUACAAGAAUCUCUCCUGGAUUUGUGAGAAUGAUCCUGCGGAAUUAGGAUUGGAUUUUACUGUUACAGACAGAGUUUUAGGAAAACUUAUGAAUAUUGAAUUAAUACCAAACGGAACGAAUGUGCCAUUAACAAAUGAGAAUAAAGAAUUUUAUAUUGAACAUAUUAUAAAUUGGAAAUUCGUUCGUCGAGUGAAGGGACAAAUGGAAGCACUUCACAAAGGUUUUUAUGAUUUAAUACCAAAGGAGGCGAUUGUAAUAUUCACUGAAAAUGAACUCGAGAAACUUAUCUGUGGUACACAAGAAAUUGAUGCAAAUGAUUGGAAAAUGAAUACUAAUUAUUCAGAAGGUUAUUCCUCCAAGCAUCAAACGAUAAAAUUCUUUUGGGAUCUUGUUCAAAGUUUCAAUAAUGACAUGAGGGCAAAACUUUUACAAUUUGUCACUGGAUCAUCGAAAGUGCCAAUGAAUGGUUUCAAAAAUUUAUACGGAAGUAAUGGACCAUUAUUAUUUUCCAUUCAGAAAUUUGGAUCAAUUGAUUCACUUCCGAGAUCUCACACUUGUUUCAACCGACUAGACUUGCCGCCUUAUGAUUGUUACAAACAAUUAAAAAAUAAGUUAAUUUUCGCUAUUGAAAAUUGUGCUGGAUUUGGCGGCGUAGAUUAAAAAAAAAUAAAUUUUCUCUCCUCUUGAAAAUUAAAAUAUAAGUAGUGAAAUAAUUAUUGUAAACAUCGACCUUGAAUUUCUUUACCUAUACUGUAAAGAAAAUAAAUUUCAUAAAAAUAGAAAAUAAACUAAGAAAAUUUCAGUGAAA